CAUUUUAUCUCAUUGUUGUGCACAACGGAACUGGUUUACACCCGUUGAGCUAUUCUUGCUGUAGUUAGCCUCGUAGUUUCGAAAAGUAAACAAAUAUUGUUAGCAUGGGAGUGAAAGUUGGAAUCAAUGGCUUUGGUAGAAUUGGAAGGCUUGUUCUAAGAGCGGCAUUGGAGAAAAAGUCGGUUGAUGUGGUAGCCAUCAAUGACCCCUUUAUUGACUUGGACUAUAUGGUCUACAUGUUCAAAUAUGACUCUGUACACGGACACUAUCCAGGGACUGUGAUAGCUAAAAAUGGAAAACUUGUUGUGGAUGGGCACGAAAUGGCGGUGUUCGCUUUCCGUGAUCCUAGUGAGAUUCCUUGGUCUUCUACUGGAGCAGAAUAUAUUGUGGAAUCUACAGGAGUAUUUACUGCUGCUGAUAAAGCCAGAGCACAUAUGAAAGGAGGUGCUAAGAAAGUCAUCAUUUCUGCACCCUCAAACGAUGCUCCUAUGUUUGUGAUGGGUGUCAACGAAGACAAGUAUACUCCAGAUAAUACUAUAGUAUCCAAUGCCUCCUGUACUACCAAUUGUCUUGCACCUUUAACCAAAGUUAUUAAUGAUAAAUACGGAAUCUUGGAAGGACUAAUGACAACAGUUCAUGCAACGACAGCAACACAGAAGACUGUUGAUGGACCUUCCCACAAGGACUGGAGAGGAGGCAGAGGAAUUUUGAAUAACAUCAUUCCCUCUUCAACUGGAGCAGCAAAAGCAGUCGGUAAAGUUAUUCCUGAACUCAAUGGAAAGCUGACAGGUAUGGCUUUCCGUGUUCCAUGUCCCGAUGUUUCCGUUGUUGAUGUUACAUUUCGUUUGAAGACACCCACUACUUAUGAUGAUAUAAAGGCAACUAUGAAAGCAGCUUCAGAAAGUAAAGCAUUGAAGGGUAUUUUGGGAUAUACAGAAGAUAUGGUGGUUUCUACAGACUUUGUUCAUAACAGUCAUUCUUCCAUAUUCGAUGCCAACGCUGGAAUUAUGUUAUCGGAAACCUUUGUGAAAUUAAUUUCUUGGUAUGAUAAUGAAUGGGGCUAUUCCAAUCGCGUUGUAGAUUUGGUACAACAUAUGGCAAAAGUAGAUGGUGCAGCCUAAAUAAGUUUGCAUUCUUUUCUUUGUUGUUUCGUGGAAUAUUUUGUGUUUUCUUCUUGUUCGCUUUUUGUGUUUUACAUAUAAAAUUUGACUUUUGUGAAGAUUUCGAAACU